AGUUUCUUUCAGAAAGUAUCAAAGUCAACAAAUUCUAAAAUGAAAGGUGUCGCUUGUGUUCUAUUCGUUGUGAUCGCUUUGUGUUAUGGAGAUCAGCCAGUCAUAAAAAACACAAAAACUGAAGGAGAUUGUGGAGCUUAUUGUUCAUGGGAAGAUGUGAAGAUUUUCCCAGAUCAAAGUUACAAUCAACCUGGAAAGUGUAGAGAAUUGUUCUGUGCACCAAACUUCGAUAUUCGCAUCACACCUUGCCCACCUCCAACUGCGGAAUAUGAAUGGGUUGGCCAAGAUAAUACUGAACUUUAUCCUGAAUGCUGUGGUACAAAGAAAGAUCGUAGACCAAAAUUACCAGAAAAUUAAUGUUCAAAUAAAAUUGUGAAUAAAUAAAAUCAAAAAUUUCUUUAAAAUGAUAAUGUCGAUGCUUCUGUAACAGAAUAAAAUUUUGAUAAAAACAAAGCUGAAAAGAUUGAAUUAAAGAAAGGAAAAUCAUUUUCACAUUCAUUGUCAUUGUCAAAAUCAUUGUCAAAUAGUUGAAAAAAAGAGAAAAUUCCAGAAAGAAAUCUUUUCUAUGACUUAUAAUUCAAUUUUUAAACCAC